ACGUGUUCACGGACACUACUCCAUUCCACCCCUCAUAACCCGGCACUCGACUCCAUGGCCUGUUUGCGAGAUGGCUUUAUACAAGGAAGACCACUCGACAAUGGACGGUUUACUACCGUUUCACCUUUGAACCAUGGAUCGUUUGGUAUGGUACUGGCCGCCAGGGAUACCACCACCGGAGACGACGUCGCCAUCAAGUGUAUUACCAAGCCAACGGCGGCCGGGAGUGUCAACUGUCCGAUCGCCAUUGCCACUGACGAACACUCCGAGGAGCUUGCGAUUCACUCUCGACUGGCCCAGCACCCGAACAUAGUCAACCUCAUCCACAAUUUCGAGACCGAAAACCACCAGUACAUGGUGCUCGAGUUGUGCAACAAUGGCGACCUCUACGAAGCCAUCCGACUUGGAAAGGGACCUCUGGAGACGGGACACGUACGCGACUUCAUGCUUGAGCUCGUCCGUGCUGUCGAGUAUUUGCAUGCCAAUGGCGUCUACCACCGCGACAUCAAGCCCGAGAACAUCUUCCUGACGUCCGAUGCGUCAAUGAAACUCGGCGAUUUCGGUCUGGCCACUACCGAUACCUGGUCCACAGAGUUCGCUGUCGGCUCCGAUCGAUACAUGGCACCCGAGCAAUACGAUGCCUCCAUGUAUGGCUAUGGAUAUUCGCCAGCAGCUUGCGACAUCUGGGCUAUCGGCAUUGUCUUGUUGAAUGUCCUCUUUCAACGCAACCCAUUCGCGACUCCCUCGCAAAAGGACGUUCUGUUCGCCGACUUUGCUCGCGACCGCCAAAGCUUGUUCGACAUCUUUCCCAACAUGUCGCAGGAUACCUACAACGUGUUGAUGCACUCGCUGGCUUUGGAUCCCGCGAACCGAUCUUUGACUGGUGUGAAGGAGGCCCUCGAAGACGUUGUCAGCUUCACUGUUGAUGACGAGUCCUUGGAUGACUUCUGCACGGACCAAAACGAGUCGGUUCCUAUUACUGCAACAGCCGCUCGCGAGCCACUCCGCACACCGUCUCUCAGCACUGCUGUCACUCCCUCUGUCGGCGGCGAUGCCUUCCCGUGGGCUGCUGCACUCAUGAAGACCCCGCAGAAGUCCCCUCGCCAGUUGUCAACUAUUCGCGACGACGAAGACCUCUUCCCUGGCCCUGGAUCAGAGUGGCAAUACGUUGACACUGACGAGGCCUCGCUGUCGUCCAAUCUGGAUUCCGGCCUUGGCUUGUCGUACAAGUCUGCCAAAUCUAUGAACACGAUGCACUCUGCCUUGUCCAUCCAACCAAAGUCCAGCAAGACCAGCUUUGUGGGAUCGCUGCCCAUCAGCUUCAGCCGGCCAAAGUCUUCGCCAUACGGUGGCAGUGGGUUCUCCAAGUCUUGGAGCGAUCUUUACGACGAGGAGGUCGAGGCCAUCCAAGAGGACGUCGUUCCGCUGGAGGACGCUGGUAUGGAGAUUGAGCGUGUGAGCACUGCAAAGCCCAGCACGCCUCAGCUCCAAUCCUUGAAGGAUGAUGGUCGUGGAAGUGUCACUCCUCGUGCUGGUCUGAGCGACAUCGAUGCGAAUGCCAGAUCGGCAACUCCACUCACUGUUCCCGAGGAGAAGCCGGCUCUUGUGAAGCAAAAGUCUUCGUCCAUUCUCGACAAAUGGGCUGCUCUCGGCAAUUUCCGUCGUGCCAGAACCGAAGCCGCGCCCGUCGUCACCACUUCGACCACUGCGCCCGUCGCGACUCCAGCCAAGGCCAACAAGUAUGGCGGUGCAUUCUCAAACUUCGCGCCGUUCAGCAGCAACAAGAAGGCCAAGACUCAAUGGCGCCAGGCGGGUAGUGGAAGUCCGCAACGCCUCCGCUCCAACUCUUUCCUCGACAACGACUGGCGCCGCAGGAGUUCAAGCAGUUCACGUCUGGCUGAAGCUCCUGUCGACCUCGACUCCGAUGACCAAGACGUGGAGUGGGUCGGAGGCUGGCGAGACUUCCAGCUUUGAGGAGUAGACCGAUUCAUCCAACCUACUCUGUCUCAUCACCACAUCACCACAUCACCACAAUCACCACAUCAUUGCUUU